AUGGAGUCGUCCGACCUCGACGAGGCGGCGACGCCGGUGGGAGGCGAGGCGAGCGGCCCCGAGGGGCAGCAGCGGUGGAGUUUGGCCCUGGAAGAGGCGCUCGCGACGCAGCGGGCGUUGCAGGCGGCGCUGCCGGCGCACGACGAUGAGGCGGCGUGGCACGAGUGUUGGGCCAAGAUCAAGGCGCACGAGGUUGCCGGGCUGGACGAUGAGGAGCUGCAGCAGCGGCGCGAGCGGCAGGCGGACCUCGCCUCCUUCCGACGCGGCCGUUUCGCGCCGGCGGUGCGGUCGGCCCGCACUUCGGCAGCCGCAUUGCGCCAGAAGAACAAUUCGCAGCUGCACCCGCUGCUCCGCAACGCCACCGACAAUGCGGCAGCGGGGGCAACUUCGCUUCACGGCGCCUCGCCGCCCGGCGCCUCGCCGCCCGGCUCCUAG